CAAACUGACAGCCGAAUGCCUCAGUUGAAGCUAAACUUUGGCAGCGAGAAGAUGUCAAUGAUGAUUCAUACGAUCUUCCGUUUAAGCCUUCUGUUGAUUUUCCUGGGCUAUGUGGCUCCAUACCAGAGUACAAACCAAUGUCAGCCAAAUUGGGGAUAUUGUCAAAUGCAUACGGAUUGCUGCUCGAGAAAGUGCAUGACCUAUAGCUUAUAUUGUGCACCUAACGCGCCUCAUUUUAAUCCCAUUAAACUUUAUACAGUUUCGAACUCAAUCUUCGAAGCGAAUACCAAAGCUGUCAAAGUUAAAGAUGAACAAGAUGUUGUAGUUAGCGUGAAGGAAAAGGUGACUCCAACCUGUAAUCAAACCGGUGGACCUUGCUCCCGGGCUGAAGACUGCUGCAAUUUCCGAUGUCAUACUUAUAUUCACAGGUGUGUCACUUAAAGGGAAAUUCACAGUAAUGUGGAAACGUGACAGCCACUUAAUUACCGAAUGAAAUACAUAUUCAGAGCAAUGCGCAUUUUUGGGAAACUUUUGUCUUGGAAAUGAAUAACAUGGUUAACCCUUAGUUGCACGAUCAACAACCGGUUUCCUAUUUACCUUUUCAUUACACUUUUUAUUGCUAAAAUAAAACUCUCGAUUUGUUCUUUAUUACAAAUAAUUUAAAUAGUAGCAAUUUUGCAUUUCCUUAAUCAUUUAUUGAUUUAUUUUGUCUUGCAUAAUUUCUGAUUAAGCACGAUCUGCGUAUUUAUUAUUGAUUUACAUUGUUCAAUAACCUUAGAUCACCUCAUAGUUUCAAUGUAAUCAGAACAAUCACUCAUAAAUAAAAUAUUGAUUUAUAUCUUAA